AUGCUGCUGCGGUUGGGACUCGGUCGGGCCCUCGCGAUCAGGCCGACGUUGGCGAGGCGCGCCCAGACCGCGCGCCUCGGGGGCUUCGCGUGGCGGCGCCUCGCCUUGACCGCCGGACUCGGAGUGUCCACCGCGGCCGUCAGCGCCUCGUGCGACGCCGCUGCGGAGGAUGAUUGGGCCGCCCGGCUGCCCCUCUGCGAGGAGUCGCUCGCAUUUUACGAAAAGCUCUUCAAGCAGAUGCUCGAGAGCCACGUCGGCAAGGGCUCGCGGUGGCGGGAGCUCAAGACGAUUGCCAACAUUCUCUUUGCCGUCCUCGAUCACGACGCGUCGGGCACCAUCUCCUUCUCGGAGUUUGCGAGCGGAGUCGCUCUGAUCAAGGCAUCGCGCGACUCGCUGUCCGAGGACGCGACCAAGGAGUUCGCCUUCCGCGCCCUCGACCUCAACCACAGCGGCUACAUUGAGAGAAGCGAGCUGCUCUCCUGGGUCAAGGUGCUCCAGGGCAUCGGCGGCCUCAAGCCGCAGGACGCCAACGCGAGGCUGAUGUGUGUCGGGCAAGGCGACGUGGGAGGCGGCUUCGGCCGUACGGUCAGCGCGCAAGAGCUCACCUCCAAGUUCAUGAAGGCGAUGGACGCCGACGGCGACGGGAAAAUAUCGAAGGCGGAGUUCUUUCGGCUGGGCCAAGCGCUCAUGGACAUGAGCGCGGUGCACAAGCUGCUGGCCACCGUCCCCUUCCCCGGCGACUAG